ACCGGAGUUGCCUCGCUCUGCCUUCGCUUCUUUCGCCUCAGUCGAGCAGAGUUCCCUUCACCGAAGACUCUGCGUCGACACUCACCUGCAAACAGCUUACCUGUACGGAGAGUGUGCGAAACCUAAAGAAGGAUAAUGAAUUUCCUUGGUGAUUUUAUUCCUUUGGCUCCACCCAUGGACAAGGAAAUACUUGGCACAAGAGUCAAUAUUAAAGAAGAGCUCAAUGCUGAUGUGACCGAAAAGACCUGUCUGGAAAUUAAGGAGGAACCACUUGAUUAUGCAGAUGAAGCGAGGGAUGAAAUGAGCGACGUGAAAGUGAAACAUGGAUGGCUCCCCUUUCACAUUCUUCAUGGCCAAAAACAUGAAGGAAAUGAAAAGGACUCAUGUGUUUUCUUUCAGAAUCGUCAAGACUUGUUAAGAGCGCCGUUUGUGGCUGAGACCUUUGGGAACAAGGAUUCAUCAGAUGGGGAUCAAAUGGCGCAGAAGGAAAGUCUUAAUAAUAUAGACCUAAAAGUGAAAAACACAUUAAAGUGUUUUGUAUGUGAGGUGUGCGGCAAAAAAUUCUCUUAUAAAAGUCAAAUCGGUCGUCAUAUGGUAGUUCACACAAAGGUAAAGCCAUACAUUUGUGAUGUUUGCAACAAGGCUUUCUCUAAAAAGUCUAGUCUAGUGACACAUAUGAGAGUACAUACAAUGGAAAACCCAUUCAUCUGUGAUAUUUGCAACAAAGGCUUCUCUCGUAAAAGUCAUCUAGUUAGGCAUGGCAGAGUGCAUACAAAAGAAAAGCCAUUCUUAUGUGAUGUUUGCAACAAGGCCUUCUCAGAAAAAAGUAGUCUAAUGACACACAUGAGAGUUCAUACAAAAGAGAAGCCAUUCAUCUGUGAUGUUUGCAACAAAGUCUUCUAUCGCGAAGACCAUUUAGUCCGCCAUGUCAGAGUACAUACAAAGGAAAAGCCAUUCAUCUGUGAGGUUUGCAACAAGGCUUUCUCUCAGAAAUUUAAUCUUGUCAAGCAUUACAGAGUGCAUAUAGAGGCUAAGUCAUACAUCUGUGAGAUUUGUAACAAGGUCUUCUCUACAGAAAGUGAUCUGAUUAAGCAUAAUAGAGUACACACAAAGGAGAAGCCGCACAUCUGUGAUGUUUGCAACAAAGGCUUCUCUCGUAAAGGUCAUCUAGUUAAGCAUGGCAGAGUGCAUACAAGAGAAAGGCCAUUCUUCUGUGAUGUUUGCAACAAGGCCUUCUCAGAAAAAAGUAGUCUCAUGACACACAUUAGAGUUCAUACAAAGGAGAAGCCAUUCAUCUGUAAUGUUUGCAACAAAGUCUUCUAUCGCAGAGGCCAUUUAGUCCGCCAUCUCAGAGUGCAUACAAAGGAAAAGCCAUUUAUCUGUGAUGGCUGCAACAAGGCCUUCUCAGAAAAAGAUAUUCUAAUGACACACAUGCGAGUUCAUACAAAGGAGAAGCCAUACAUUUGUAAUAUUUGUAGCAAGGCCUUCUCAAUAAAAUCUAACCUAGUGAGACACGUGACAAUGCAUACAAAGGAGAAGCCACACAUAUGAGAGAUUUAACAAUAAGAUCUUUUCUUAGAAAAAUAAUUUACAUUGACAUACUUGAGUACAUGAAAGUUAUAAUCACAUGUAUGCAUGCUUUCACCCGGAGAAAACAUCUCUUGGGGAACAUGAGACUGCCUCUAAUAGCAUAUUGUUUCAGCUAGAAGAAAAACGUUCUUUUUAUAUAAUUUGGGAGGAUUUGUCCUAUUUUCUUUUCUUUUUCCCUUUUUUGAAUAUCUUUAUCUGAUUUAUGCUGUAUAUGGUAUUCAUAUUUUGUAGCGCUUUUAAAGCAUAAUAAACGUUUACGUGCCUUGA